CUUUAUAAUUUACCCUAAAAAAAGACCACACUGCUCUUCCACUUUUAAACCUUUGGUCGAUUGGAGCGGGCGGAGACUUGAAAAACAGCUUCUGCAAAACGAAAGCGCGAACCCUAGAUCAUCUAUUCUUUCCAUGAAGUAAGAGAGGGAGCAUUCGGAUACGUAACGAUGGAGCUCCGUUUCAGAUCAAGAUCACUUGGAACUUGCUUCCUGAUUCUUCUCUUCCUUAUCUUCGUUUCAAGUGCGGUUCUCGCAGAGAAUCGUCGCCCGAAGAAUGUGCAGGUUUCGCUUCGUGCUAAAUGGUCUGGAACUCCAUUGUUGUUGGAAGCCGGUGAAUUAUUAUCGACUGGAUGGAAGGACUUAUUUUGGGAGUUCAUUGAAGUUUGGUUACAUGAAGAGGACAAUAUUGACUAUUACACAGCAAAGGAUUGUGUUCAUAAGAUUAUUAAACAUGUGAGGCCCCUCAUCAGCGAACCUUUGGCAUCACUUCUUGAAUUUUCUCUUCCUCUUCGGUCAGCAUCCCCAAGAUUGGUUCUUUAUCGACAAUUAGCAGAGGAUUCUCUAUCAUCUUUUCCACCAUCAGAUGUAACUAUUACAAAUGGUUUCACUUCCAAUGUUUCAGAAUCAGUUGCGAAUGCAGGCAGUAAAAAAAUAGGUGAGCUGCUGGUUGGCAAGAAUCCAAUAAGUCCUGGUGGAAAAUGUUGCUGGGUGGAUAUCGGAAGCUCACUUAUUUUUGAUAUUUCUGAACUGUUAUUGUGGCUUAGUCAUUCUGGAUUAUCAGGGGAUGCACUUCAGCAGCCUGAACUAUUUGAGUUCGACCAUGUUCACUUUGGUUCAAGUGUUUCUGGUCCUAUUGCUGUUCUAUAUGGGGCUCUUGGAACAGACUGUUUCAAAGAGUUUCAUGUUGCUCUAGUAGAAGCAUCAAUAAAGGGAAAAGUUAAAUACGUUGUCAGGCCUGUAUUACCUUCUGGUUGUGAAGCAGCAAGUGGCCAAUGUGGUGCCAUUGGUACAGGGGAUUCUCCAAACUUGGGUGGUUAUGGGGUGGAACUUGCUUUGAAGAACAUGGAGUAUAAAGCUAUGGAUGACAGUACAAUAAAGAAAGGUGUCACUCUAGAAGAUCCUCACACUGAUGACCUUAGCCAGGAAGUUAGAGGGUUCAUAUUCUCCAGAAUCUUGGAACGCAACCCAGAGCUGACUACUGAAAUAAUGGCUUUUAGGGAUUAUCUAUUGUCAUCAACCAUAUCAGAUACACUAGAUAUUUGGGAGUUGAAGGAUUUAGGUCAUCAAACUGCACAAAGGAUAGUCCAUGCGUCUGAUCCUCUGCAGGCAAUGCAGGAAAUAAAUCAAAACUUUCCAAGUGUAGUUUCUUCAUUAUCUCGCAUGAAGCUCAAUCAUUCAAUUAAAGAUGAAAUACUUUCAAAUCAGCGGAUGGUCCCACCUGGCAAGUCCUUGGUGGCUCUGAAUGGUGCUUUAAUCAAUAUAGAAGAUAUUGAUCUUUAUCUGUUAAUGGACAUUGUUCAGCAAGAGUUGUCAUUGGCUGAUCAGUUUUCCAAGUUUAAGAUUCCUCAAAGCACAAUUAGGAAACUUCUGUCUACUCUACCACCUUCAGAGUCCAAUGCAGUUCGUGUUGAUUUCCGGUCUGUCCAUGUUCAUUACCUUAAUAACUUGGAGGUUGAUGCAAUGUACAAGCGAUGGCGGAGCAAUUUAAAUGAUCUUUUAAUGCCAGUCUUCCCUGGACAGCUCCGCUAUAUCCGGAAAAAUUUGUUCCAUGCAGUUUAUGUGCUGGAUCCUGCUUCAGUGUGUGGACUUGAGUCUAUUGACAUGAUUUUAUCUUUGUAUGAAAAUAAUUAUCCUAUAAGAUUUGGGAUAAUAUUUUAUUCAUCAAAGUUCAUCAAGAAGAUUGAAGAUCACAAUGGUGAGAUCCCCUUGUUUUCUGAUGGAGUGAUUGACAGCCAUUCACCAGAUGAUAUUUCGAGUUUGAUUAUACGUCUUUUCGUUCAUGUCAAAGAUACCUAUGGGGCACAAACUGCAUUCCAAUUUUUGAGCAAUGUAAACAGGCUAAGCCGUACAUCAGAUGAUUCUUCUGAAGAUUCUCUCGAAGUACAUCAUGUAGAGGGAGCUUUUGUUGAAGCAAUAUUGUCAAAGGCAAAGUCUCCACCUCAAGAUGUUUUACUCAAGCUUGAAAAGGAGUUAACCUUCAAAGAACAGGCUGAAGAAAGCUCUCUUUUUGUUUAUAAGCUGGGAUUGUCUAAGCUACAGUGCUGCCUCUUGAUGAAUGGUCUUGUCCAUGAGCCCACUGAGGAUGCUCUAAUAAAUGCUAUCAAUGAUGAGCUUCCGAGGAUUCAGGAACAAGUUUACUUUGGACAUAUCAACUCACAUACGGAUGUCCUUGACAAAUUUCUUUCUGAAAGUGGCUAUCAUCGUUAUAAUCCACAGAUUAUUGGUCAAGGGAAGGGGCAAAAAAGGUUUAUUUCACUGUCUGCGUCAACUCUGGGAAGUGAGCUCUUGCUAAAUGAUAUCAACUACUUGCAUUCUGCUGGAACUGCAGAUGACCUGAAGCCUGUAACUCAUCUUCUUGCUGUCAAUUUGACAUCGAGAGAGGGGAUAAAGUUGCUUCAUGAGGGGAUUCGUUAUUUGAUGGGGGGAUCAAAAAGAGGCCGAGUAGGCUUUCUGUUUACUGCUAAAGGCAAUCCUCACUCUCUUAGUUUCUAUUUUCUGAAGGCUUUUCAGUUCACUGCAUCAUCCCUUGGUGAUAAAGAAAGUGUGUUGAAAUUUUUGGACAAACUGUGCUCAUUCUAUGAGCAGGAGUUUACUCAUGCCUCCUUGACAGAUGCUACGGAUACUAUGGCUUUUAUUAAUAGAGUUUGUGAUUUGGCCAUAGAAAGUGGAUUGCCUUCUGAAGGUUAUAAGGCUGCUCUUUCAGAUUUUUCCAUGGAGAUGUUGGUAAAACAUCUCGAUAAGGUCUCCCAUUUCCUAUAUGGGCAACUGGGGCUUGAAUUUGGUGCUACUGCAGUCAUUACUAAUGGAAGGGUAACUCUUCUUGGUAGGAGCACUUUUCUGUGCCAUGAUCUAGGUCUUCUAGAAUCCAUGGAAUUUGAGCAAAGGAUAAAGCACAUAAUGGGUAUUAUUGAAGAAAUGGAAUGGCAUGAUAUAGACUCUGAUCUUGUAACAAGCAAGUACAUCAGUGAUAUUAUCAUGCUUGUUUCUUCUUCAUUGUCUCUCCGAGAGCGCAAUUCUGAUAGUGCUCGUUUUGAAAUUUUAAAUGCAAAAUACAGUGCUAUUGUGUUGAACAAUGAGAAUUCAAGUGUUCAUAUUGAUGCUGUCGUUGAUCCAUUAAGUCCACUAGGCCAGAAACUUUCUCCUCUUCUCCACAUACUUUGGAAGUGCAUUAAGCCAAGCAUGAGGAUUGUUCUCAAUCCCUUGAGUUCACUUGUUGACCUUCCUCUGAAAAAUUACUACCGAUAUGUAGUUCCUACGAUGGAUGAUUUCAGUGGUGUUGAUAAAUCAGUAAAUGGUCCCAAGGCAUUCUUUGCAAAUAUGCCACUUUCCAAAACCCUCACCAUGAAUCUUGAUGUCCCUGAGCCAUGGCUUGUUGAACCUAUUAUUGCUGUUCAUGACCUGGAUAAUAUUUUGCUUGAAWAUCUGGGAGAGACAAGGACAUUGCAAGCUGUUUAUGAACUUGAGGCACUUAUUCUCACUGGUCAUUGUUCUGAAAAGGAUCAUGAUCCUCCUCGUGGCCUUCAGUUGAUUCUUGGAACUAAGAAUAGGCCACACUUGGUGGAUACCAUUGUGAUGGCUAAUUUGGGUUACUGGCAAAUGAAAGUCUCUCCUGGAGUGUGGUACCUGCAGCUUGCUCCAGGAAGAAGUUCUGAUCUCUACAUUCUUAAAGAAAAUGGAGAUAGAAGUCAGCAUUCAUCUUUGUUGAAACAAAUUACUAUAAAUGAUUUACGGGGUAAACUAGUCCAUUUGGAAGUAGUGAAGAAAAUGGGAAAGGAACAUGAGCAAUUGUUGGACUCUUCUGCUGAAAGUAGCCAUUUGCAGGAAAGAAAGGAAAGUCCCAACAGCUGGAACACUAAUUUAUUGAAAUGGGCAUCUGAUUUAUUUGGUAGUAGUGAAACACAGAAGAAGGGGAAAGGAGCCUUCGUUGAACACAAAAGUGGUGGAAGACAUGGAAAAACUAUUAAUAUAUUUUCAAUUGCUUCUGGUCACUUGUAUGAGCGUUUCCUGAAAAUCAUGAUUCUAAGUGUUCUUCGGAAUACACAACGGCCAGUGAAGUUCUGGUUUAUAAAGAACUACCUUUCUCCUCAAUUUAAGGAUCUUAUACCACAUAUGGCACAAGAAUAUGAGUUUCAGUAUGAACUCAUCACAUACAAGUGGCCGACAUGGCUUCAUAAACAGAAGGAAAAGCAGAGAAUUAUCUGGGCAUAUAAGAUCCUGUUUCUUGAUGUUAUUUUCCCUAUAUCCUUGGAAAAGGUUAUAUUUGUUGAUGCAGAUCAAGUUGUCCGGGCAGACAUGGGGGAAUUAUAUGACAUGGACAUAAAGGGAAGGCCACUUGCUUAUACACCUUUCUGUGACAAUAAUAAAGAUAUGGAUGGGUACCGAUUCUGGAGACAAGGUUUCUGGAAGGAACAUUUACGAGGAAAACCAUAUCAUAUUAGUGCUUUGUAUGUUGUUGAUUUGGUGAAGUUCCGACAAACUGCAGCAGGAGACAAUCUUAGAGUAUUCUAUGAGACUCUCAGCAAGGAUCCAAACAGUCUGGCCAAUCUUGAUCAGGAUCUUCCCAACUAUGCCCAACACACAGUACCCAUAUUUUCUCUUCCACAAGAAUGGCUUUGGUGUGAGUCAUGGUGUGGGAAUGCCACAAAAUCCAAGGCAAAGACAAUUGAUCUCUGUAAUAAUCCCAUGACAAAGGAACCCAAACUUCAGGGUGCUAAAAGAAUAAUUUCCGAGUGGACAGAUAUUGACUCAGAGGCAAGACGAUUCACUGCAGGACUUUUAGGUGAGAAUAAGAAACAGGAGUCCAUACCUCCUGGUCAAACAGGUAAUUCAGUUGAUGUAAGGUCAGAUGAAGACAUGGAAUCUAAGUCGGAAUUGUGAUUCCUCAACGUAACUUGUGAACAUCCUUCAGUUGGUCAGAAUUUCUGGUGCAUUAGUUCCGCGUAAUUCAUCCCAAGCUGAUCAGGUCCUCAAAUUUAAGCUACAAGAUUAAUUGGGAAAUUGGGCUCAGCGUUCUGUCUGCAAGAGUUACCUGGAGAAUUGCAGGAUGGGUGUGCACCUUAAAUUUUAAACCCAUGUCUCAGCUUUUUGUUGGCUUCAAUGUUCACUAAGGCAAUAAUUAUUAUCAGAAGAUGUUCGCUGAUAGUAAUCUGUAAAUUGGCGAGCAUAACUUAAUUGAGAAUUUUCCUGUUAGCUAUUCUAAUUAAAAUUUAUCAUUUUUGUUGUCCGUGCAUAACGUGGUAGUAUUUUUAUCCCGAGGAAUAGUAGCCGUUCAAGGUUUGUUGAUUAAUGGGCGGCAGGGGUUGUUGUGUAAAGUCAUGGUUUUGUACUUUUAUUUAUGCGACUCCCAACAGGAUAACACCACCUUGGUCUUUAA